AUGAUUGCUAAACGUGUUACAACGGUUGAUAUUAAACAGAAACUUCCAAAAAUAGUCGAUGUUUUCAAACAUGUUUUGAAGAAGGCGAAGACUACUCGUCAAUGUUUGUAUAAAUUAAGGAAAACAUGGAUUGGUAUUUUCUCUGAUUAUCAUUUACAUGAGAUUGAUUCAGCGGCUCAAAGUAUUGAUCCAGCUUGGCCUAGUAUUCCUACUAAUCCAGGACCACCAGCAGCCAAAAGAAAAAAAGAAAAUCUAGAUUCAACGUCAUCAGCUGUAUCUAAAUCAAAAGGAUCAACAAUCGCUGUUUCACCAAAUCCUUUAGCUACAAUACCACCAAGUAGGCGUAAGCAAGCCAGUAAACCUCCAUCAACUGUUGCGACCUCAAAUUGUAAGUCAACAGUAUCCGAGUCAACAAUAAAAAAAGCUUCACCUGCAACCACAUCCAAAUCAAGCAAUGCUUUUGGAACCCAGGAUAGAGAUUAUCGGAAAGAAAUGGCAACAAAUUUGCCAGUCAAAAAACGAACCUCAGGCUUAACCAAUAUUCAACCUCAACCCCAGGCUCAUGGUCAAACUAUCAUUGGAUCCGUUUUACCUCCAUCUUCAACUCCACCCCAGAUUAUGGCUCCUAUUCCACAAGCUACGAUCGGAGUUAGCGCACUUACUGUACCAGUCCAGGCACCAAUAAUGGCACCUCUACAAGCGGCGACCAUCUCUAAUUUUGUAUCAUCUUUAAACCAUCAUCCACCAACUCUUAAACCAGCCGAGUCAAUUCCCCAAUUGUCGAAAGAUAUUGGUCAACAAUAUGUCCAAGUGGAUGGUAAUACGGUCAAGUUAUUCUUUUUAGAUGAAAAUACCUCUAUUGUCCUGAUGAAAGGGUCUCCUCAUUUGUCUUUGAAUGAAUUAGUAAAAACAAAUCCUUAUGAUCUUGAACCUAGAUUGAUCAUGUUCGAGGGAAAGCAAACAAAAGUGUAUAUUGAUAGUGAUAAGAAUGGGUCAAAAGAAUUUGUUUUACUUAAUUUUAACAGUAAACAAACAUUUUUUCACGGUGAACACGCUCAGAGCAUUAAGUUAGGCGGGCCUUGUCGAGAAAUUAUUCUCAAUGGUAAACCUUAUCAGGCUUCUUUCGGUGGACCUCCGAUAGAUGUUAAGUUCCUCGGGGAUACAUAUCAAACCCAUACUCUUAGAUUGGGUGGUCCACCACCGCGGGUUAAAAUCUCUGACGAGAUCAGAGUCGAUUUAUGGGCUGAAUAUGUUAAAAAGAUAACCGGUCAAUCGGAUGAAAAUCCGAUUCCGGCUGUACAAACCUCUUAUUCCUCUUUACCUCUUCCCUCAACCCAAUCACCUUAUCCUCCAAGUAUUUUAGGUGCACCAUCUUCCUCCUCACUGUUACUACCUCAAGCAACACCUUCUCUGGUUCAACCGACACUUUCAACUCCCAAUUUGGCUCCACCAGGAUUGUUACCCAAUUCAACUGUCGCUCUUUCAUCACCCGCCGCCAUUUUAUCAGCCAAUGUACCUUCGUCUCUCAAUCCACUUCAACCAUCUUUACCGGUAAAUUUACCUUCUCUUCAAGCGUCUGUGCCAGUUCCAGGUUCAACUUUAACCUCCACGGUUCCUGGACCAACAACUGAUUCACAAGUUAACCUUGGAGAUUUAUUUAAUAAACUUAUUUCUGUUGGUAUUAUUAAAGCAACUGAACCUCAAACUACUGAUUCCUCUACAACCUCAAUUACUACAUCAACAGUAUCACCGUCUAACUGUUCAACUUCAACAACAAUUGGUUCUUCAUCAGCACCAUUACCUUCAAUCCUGUCAACCAAUACAACUACAACAACUUCAGUCGAAUCAACAACAUCAACACCAACAAAUGUACAAACCACACCAUCGACAGUUACUCGAACCGAUUCACCAUCAGUAUUAAGUCGAGAAAAUGGACUUAGUUCAAUCGAUGAAAUUGAAAGUGAACCUUUACUAUUGGAGACAAAAUCACUAAAAGCCGAUCAUCCAAAAGUAAUCGCAGAUUUAAUUAAUGGAACUCAAUGUCCUAAUUGUUCAUUACGAUUCGAAGUUGGAGAUUCAAAUGAAAGAUCCAAAUAUUCGGUUCAUCUUGAUUGGCAUUUUAGAUUAAAUCGACAAGAAAGAACAGAUUCUAAAUCUAAAUCAGCGGCAGUUCGUCGAUGGUUUUGUCAUCUUGAUCUUUGGGUUUCUUUUAAAGAGAUAACUGAUGAAACGGAUGAGAUGAACUUGGACACCGAGAAAGAAGAAAACGAUUGUGGUGUUGGUGGAGAGAAAAAGGUGUACACAGUUAGUGCCAAUGAAGAUGAAACUCUUAAUGUGUGCGCUGUUUGUAAAGAAAAGUUCGAAACCUCUUGGAACGAAGAUGAAGAAGAAUGGCAACUAUUGAAUGCGGUUAAAGGUCAAGAUGAGAAAAUCUAUCAUCCUCUCUGUCUAGAAGAUCUUCAAAAACAGCGAGAAGCGGAAGCAGCAGCCGCAGCAGCAGCAGCAAUCGCCGCCGCUGAAGCUGCUGCCGCUGCCGAAGCUGCUGCCGCUCUUGCUGCCGCUGAAGCAGAGAAAGUGAAAAGCGAAACGGUGAUUGAAACACCUUCAACCAAUGGAAAUGAAGACUCUAAACCAAUGGACACCAAUGAAGUGAAACAAGAAGAAGAGACAAUCAAUGUGAAAACGGAAGAGCCUGAAGAGAGCGAAGGAGCCGAAGUAGUCGAAGGAGGAAACAAUGAGAUUAAGGAAGAAGAGAAAGAUACCAAAGAGGAGGAAAAUGGCGAUAAAAUAGUUAAUAAUGAUGAAGAAGAAGAUGAAACAGAUGAUAGUAGUUCUAAUAAUGAAGAUGUAAAUGAAGAUAAUGAAACAAAUAUUAAUAGUAAAGAAAAUGAAAAUGAUAAUGAAAAUGAAAACGAUGAAGAUGAUGUGAUGAUUGAUGAAGAUUAUAUUUUACAUGAACCUCAAACAAAAGGUCAAUUAGAAGUUUCUGUUUGCUGUAUAUCUUAAACGCGUUCAACACCAACAAUCAACAAUUGGAUCAACUUAAUUAAUCUACAAACGAAGACCCAAAUGAAAGCAUAAAUAGAAACCAAAUUAUGUAAAAACAAUGAUGGAAUAUUCAAUCUACUAUAUUUCAAUGUUAAUUUUUCUAAUGUAAGUUUAAUUUUGCAUCUUUAAAAUUUGAAGGAAAAUGUGACAAUAAAGUGUAAAAAUGUACAUAACAAUUAA